GGAAAAAGUGAAAUUCUCAUUUCUGAAAAGGCAGUUGACACUCGUAAAAGUACCUGGCACAUUUUCCCAGUUUCCAAAAGUGUUCAGGGUCUAUUGGAUCAGGGAAAGAAUUCCCUGAAUGUGCGGGUUACUUGUGACCAGUGUCAAGAAACAGGAGCCAGUCUGGUGUUAAUGGGAAAGAGGAAAAAAAAGGGAGAAGCUGUGGAAGAUAAUGAAAUCACAGGAGAAGAGGAGAAAGAGCAAUCACAUAGGCCCUUCCUAAUGAUGCUGGCCAGGAAUUCAGAAGAUCGGCACCACAGGCGGCGAAGGCGAGGUCUUGAGUGUGAUGGAAAAGUCAAUAUUUGCUGCAAGAAGCACUUCUUUGUUAGCUUCAAAGACAUUGGUUGGAAUGACUGGAUCAUUGCCCCACAAGGCUACCACGCCAAUUACUGUGAAGGUGAUUGUCCUAGUCAUAUUGCAGGCACAUCUAGUUCUACUCUAUCUUUCCACUCCACUGUUAUCAACCAUUACCGCAUGAGAGGCCACAGUCCUUUCUCCAGCCUCAAGUCAUGCUGUGUUCCUACCAAACUACGACCAAUGUCUAUGCUCUAUUAUGAUGAUGGGCAAAAUAUAAUUAAAAAGGACAUCCAGAAUAUGAUUGUAGAAGAAUGUGGAUGCUCAUAGGUUGUUUGCAGUUUGCAUAUCAACAAUUUGGGACAGUCUUUUUAACAAUAUCAAGAGGAUAAUUUGAAAUGAAAUGUAACAGGACAGACCAAAUAUUCAACAAAACAGUUACAUUUUCAACAUAAUAGCAUCUAGUAUUCAAAUUAGAGACAAACAGAAGAAAGAAGAAUGACAUUGUUUCUAGGGCAUCAAGGCAAUGAAAUCUUUAUAUGCUCUAUAUUUUAUUGCAUGGUAUUCCACACUUAGCAACAAAAGGAGAUAUCUUUUCCUACCCAAUGUUACCUAUGCAUUCAAGCCUUGAUAACAGCAUACCUAAAAUACAGCAAUUUGGCUAUUAAAUCCAAAAUGUUAUUAAAAUUUUAUAAAAGCCAUGUGUAUGAACACUAUAUUCACUGGCACUGUUAUUCUCAAGAAUUUACCGAGGACACAAUGAGUGUGCACAUAUGUGACUGUGCAGGUUUCUUAUGGAAAACACAUCAAAAAAAAACGCGUGUUUGUACCAA